AUGUCUCAACCAUUUAUUUUACCAUCAAACUGUAUUUCUAUCACAGCGAAUCGUUGUUCAGUUAAACUUAUAUUUUGGUAUAAUCGUAAAAAUUAUAGUGUUACAUUUACUGGUGAAUCAUUAUAUAUUGCCAAUGCUGGUGAUAAUAAACAAUCGAUGAUGAUUGAAACAGCUAAGAAUAAUUUUUUUUCUUAUGAUAUUCAUCAUGUAUGUAAAGAAACAGAUAAUUGUGCUCGUAAUUUUGCUGAACAAAAAAUUAUUCAAAUGACACAACGAUCUUAUAAUGUAUCAAGUAUUUAUUUUGAUUUACAACGAUUAUUACAUGAUAAAUUUGCAUCAUCGGAAAACUUAGCUUGUUUUGAUAUAAAUGAUGAUGUUCAUCAAUGUACUGUACCUGGAAUGUCUGGUUCUUGUCAGAUUAUCGAUGAUCUUAUUAAACAUAAGUUUUAUAGACGUUUAUGUCUGUAUAAUACUCGUGAAUCAGCUAGUAUUCAUAUUUAUGAUUCCGGUAACUUUGCAAUGAUGACAAUCAAGUGUAAUCGUAUGCUAUGUAACGGACCAUUAACAAUCGCAGCUGUUAGGAAAGUUUUACAACAUCAUAAUAUUACUGAUAUUAACGGGCGACUUACAGGAAAUAGUUUACAAAUAUACUUAACUCAUUAUUUAUUCAUACUGAUGGUUUUCCUGUCUUUUCUAAUUAAAUUGGAAAUGACAGUCAAGGUUAUAUAG